UCCUGUGCGGGCGCCCAUUCGUACGCACUAAGAAACGCAUAAGAGAACGUGACGAUCGUACGUGAAAAGUACGAUUUGCCGAGCAGAGAGUGUAUCGUUUGUCAGGCGGAAAGUAUUUUUGCGCUAGAACAUUGCUACUCGUGUUGGAGAGUAAGCCGAAACUUGCUACACAAAGAGCAAAACAUUUCUUAUCGAACGCUCCUGUGUGGGGGCUCCCGCUGUGUCGUGACACGAAUGUGUUUUUCCCGAUAGGAUGGAGCAAUUUUCGCACGACUUGACACUGGCGUUGGAGGAAACUUCCCGCACCAAUUCGAGUAAGGUGCGAUGGGGAGUGCGUCGUCGGACGCGUUCGACGGGGAAUUUGCCUUGUGCCCCACAACCGACAGAGGAUAGCUCAAGCAGUCCAACUGAUCCCCCGGCUUGCAAUAUGGUGAUGAACCAGGCCGAUUCGCCCUAUCUCAGUGGCAGUAACAACAUCGUCCAGAGUGAUUCGGACGAUAGACAUUCCGUGGCGUUUACGUUCAAGUUGCGCCAGACGCCACUUUCGGGGAAUUUCGAGUCCGAUUCGCUGAAUGAAAACUUCAGCCCUGCUAGACCGAACAUGCGUCGAAAACGAAAGUACAAACGUAUGGCCGUAGAGUAUGAGACGACACCGUCCACACCGCAUAUCGGUGUGAAUCCAUUGUUUCCCGUAGCUGGUACGGUGAAGAAGCGCGUUUUCAAACACUCGGCGUGCCCGGAUAGUUUUAGGAGCACGAUGCUUUUUUGUGGCAAAAGAAAGCGCAGUCAGCGCGAUCGUGGAGGUUUGGAUUAUGACUUCUGCAAGCAGCAUUCCAGCAGCGUACCGAGACAGCGAGAAUUUUUUGGACCGAAAGGGUCGUCCUACAGCGAGUACAAGAGUCGCAAUCGUGCCGCCUCGUUCUCGGCUAGUAUGAUGAAGUGUGAAAGAAUACUACCGUUGAAUAAGACUGUCGUCUCAAAGAUCGAACGAAUAUCAGCGGACAGGGAUCGUGAGCGAUCGGCUUUGCUAGAAGCUUCACGAUCUACCGCUGCAGCCUGCAGCACUCCGUCUGCUCCAGUUCCCGUACCGACUGGUGGAGAGUUUAAUUUUUCGAUCCCGUUGCAGCAGCAACAGUUACUUCCGGUGGGAAAUCUUCCACAGCCGUCUGUGGUAAUGCCACUGGAAGGAGGGGUGAUUUUACCCUUGCUCGGAAGCCACGGUCAUGAUGAUAGGAAAACACCCCAUCACCCAAUCGUUGCUGUCGGUACAAACAACGCUGUCGGUGUUCCGCUGAGUCAACCGAGUAUGGGUGGAAUACCGCCUUUGGCAUUAAAUACCGCCACGAACAGUUUAAAUGCUCUUCAGCAGCUCGUUGUACCUCCAGUGGUAUCCACAGUAACGGCACCCUUAAUGGAACCUCUCGGAACGACGCAAACCGGACCGCUUCAUCAAGUGGAAUCGAAGCCAUUGUUGGGGCACCCGUUCGGUGAACGCAUUGUUGAGAACUGCAUCAAAUUUCAACCUUCGUUUUCUGAAAUUGCCUCCUUACCACCGACCGUCGCAACUGUCAUAGAACCGAUGAAAGCAGCAGUAAAUGCAAAGACAAAAACCAGCUACCCGAAAGAGAAGCAUCGCCAUCGUAAGUCUAAGUACAUCCGUAAAAAGCAAAUGCUCAUGAUGGCUGGCCCGGAAGGACAGGGUCAACUGAUGGACUGUGGUGGACAGGUUAACGAUUUCCUGAGCUCCAGCUCCCUCAGUUCGAGCGAUUCAGAGGCGGUGUUGGCAAAUGAGACGGAUCACGAGGGGGACGACGAGUUGACAGAUUGGCCCGGGAAUGAGGCAAUGAUUACGUUUGCAUCGAAGCACGACUUUCGUAAGGCAUAUCACGGUAAUCGUCCACCAGGAGCCAUUGGGACAUCUUCAGCAAUCGGGAGACCCAUCUUGCCCCAUGUUAACCAGCAGACCGAACAUGAUCUGCCGGAUGAUGAUACACUGAUGUCCGCUGAUGAGUUACUAAUAUCGGCGAAUGUUCCUAGCGGAAUGGUGGGUGAAAUCGCAAUGCAACCAGUGAGCUCGUCAGUGGCUGGCAUCGGUUUGAACACUUUAGAUACAAAUCUGGCGAUUCCUAUUGGGACGGAUUUAUCGACCAUGAGCUCACCGUUUCUAGUCAACAACAUAGCACCCGGGCUGCCGCUCGCUAAUGAGAUACGAGAGAUACGAGCUGGAUGUAGGAGAAUCCGUGAGGAACGGCCUGGCUUUUCUAUCAUAUCAAGUGUUAACGAGCUGUUAUCAAGGUUUCUUCAGGAUGAUCAGCAGCGUGAGCUGACAUUGCACGACGUAGACAAAGCAGAGCAUGAUAAGCUGCAGGAUCUGUGUAAGCUUUACUCCCUGAACGCACAACAAUUAAGUGAAAAUGGAAGUGUGGUAAUGCUGAGCAAGACCAGCAACACGAUGCAAUCGGUCCGAAUUGAUCAAUCAAAUCUACCGAAACGACUUGGAGAUUUCAAACGACGUUGCUACGGCAAUGCGGAAGCUCUGCAAUUUCACGACAGUGCUACCAGUUAAAUGCUGGAACAUUGUUGUCCAUUAGAACAGAUGGUUUUAUAUUCCUUUAAGAUGAAUUUUACGCUCGGAUGGAAGAUAUAUGAUGCCAUUUAAGGCACGUUAAGUGAAGGACAACUUUAGUAGAGUUAGCGAGUUGUUUUCAAUUGUACAGGAUAACGGUUGCCCUUUUUGUAAGUUUAAGGAAUGUAAAUUAAAUAGCUCAUCCACUUAAAGACCGUAAUCAAUUGCUUUUUUUACUACAGCAAAGAACAUCAUAGAGUCUCACUGUGUUUUAGGAAAUGGCUUAACGCAGUUGAAUCAUGUUAACCAAAACAAACACAAGCAAAAAAUUGAAACUGGAUUAAUGAGCGAUAGUUUAAGUGUUCUUUGAAACAUAUAAACAGCCAGACGAUGAGAGGCACAUAACACAUGCUGCACAGCUAGUAUUUAUAGGUAAAGUUAAGCAUAUAUAAAAUAUAACCCCCACAUUUCGCCCACGGCCAUUUGCUUUACUUAGGCUUUGUUAAUAGAAAGGUGGUAGUUUUUGCUUGAGCGCUAAACCGUUUUUCGCACUGUUGCUAUCGAAAGCGCUAUUUUUGUGCCGUUUGCAAGUUAAGCAAAUUUUUAAACACACGAUAGUGAGAUCAGUUUUGCCACAUUUAACGCCAAGUCGUCGUGUACUGAGAGAAGCACGACUGAGAAGAAGCGAAUGUUAAGCCGAAAGGAGUUCAAUAAACCGGCG